GGGCCGCGGAGCGCCCCCGCCCCCCGCGCCUCUCCCCCUUUGAAAGCUGAUCUUUGGCUCUGCGCGUGAAAGUGAUUUGAAUUUGGCUCGGCGGCGCUCUGCGCAGGCGUCCAGCUGCCAGCAUGCUGGCUGCUCGCAAAGCAGCUGUUUUGGGUUUGAAAUUCCAACAUGGCAGAGGCUGCAGUCAGUCUUCCCUUCAAAAACUUGGAAUGAUUUCAAAUCAUAGGCACCUUCACUUAACCCGAGCCCCCAUUCAUCAGCAAACACGGCGGAUCGAUGCUGCUCUAACCUAUCGGGUGCUCGUACCAAAUCUGCAGGUUAAAUGAAUACCUGACGAAAGGGCCCACGUUUCAAGGCAGUGACAUUUGAUAGCUGAGAGGAAAAGUGGCUUUAAUGAAAAGCAACCUUUGGAAUUCCUGCUUGUGAAAAAUCCAAUUCAGCUUUUUGUGCUGCCAGCAAGAAAUGAUCAGUAGCACCAGUGUUUAUGGCUUGAAGAUGCAGUGGACGCCGGAGCAUGCCCAGUGGCCAGAACAGCACUUUGAUAUCACUUCAACCACCCGGUCUCCUGCCCACAAGGUAGAAGCCUACCGGGGGCAUCUGCAGCGCACCUAUCAGUACGCCUGGGCCAACGACGACAUCUCGGCUCUGACCGCCUCCAAUCUUUUGAAAAAGUAUGCAGAAAAAUAUUCCGGUAUUUUAGAAGGCCCGGCUGAACGGCCCAUCCUUAGCAAUUAUUCUGAAGCUCCAUCAGGGCUGGUGAACGGCCGGAAGAAUGAAAGCGAGCCCUGGCAGCCUUCGUUGAAUUCGGAGAGCGUGUAUCCCAUGAACUGUGUCCCAGACGUUAUUACCGCCAGCAAGGCUGGCGUAAGUGCAGCCCUCCCUCCCGCAGACGUCUCUGCCAGUAUAGGGAGUUCACCUGGGGUGGCCAGUAACCUGACAGAACCCAGUUAUUCUAGCAGCACCUGUGGAAGUCAUACAGUUCCCAGUCUUCAUUCAGGGCUCCCAUCUCAGGAAUAUGCCACAGGAUACAACGGAUCUUACUUGCAUACCAGUUACAGCGGCCAGCCAGCACCUGCACUUCCUUCCCCUCAUCCAUCCCCCUUGCAUAGCUCUGGGCUUUUACAGCCCCCGCCGCCGCCGCCGCCGCCACCAGCCCUCGUCGCAGGCUACAAUGGGACUUCUAACCUCUCCAGUUACAGCUACCCUUCUGCCAGUUAUCCUCCUCAAACUGCUGUUGGCCCUGGGUACAGCCCUGGAGGGGCACCACCGCCCUCCGCGUACCUGCCUUCAGGAAUCCCUGCCCCCACUCCUCUGCCCCCAACUACUGUACCCAGCUACUCCUACCAGGGUCACGGUCUGACGCCCAUUGCACCAUCCGCCCUGACAAACAGUUCAGCCAGCUCUCUCAAAAGGAAAGCUUUCUACAUGGCAGGGCAAGGAGAAAUGGACUCCAGUUAUGGAAAUUACAGCUAUGGCCAACAGAGAUCUACACAGAGUCCCAUGUAUCGAAUGCCCGACAACAGCAUUUCAAAUGCAAACAGGGGGAAUGGUUUUGACAGAAGUGCUGAAACAUCAUCCUUAGCAUUUAAGCCAACAAAGCAGCUAAUGUCCUCUGAACAGCAAAGGAAAUUCAGCAGCCAGUCCAGUAGGGCUCUAACACCCCCAUCCUAUAGUACUGCUAAAAACUCACUGGGUUCGAGAUCAAGUGACUCAUUUGGGAAGUACACCUCCCCAGUAAUGAAUGAGCACGGUGACGAGCACAGGCAGCUCCUUCCUCACCCAAUGCAAGGCCCGGGACUUCGUGCAGCUACCUCAUCCAACCACUCUGUGGACGAGCAACUGAAGAAUACUGACACACACCUCAUUGACCUUGUUACCAAUGAGAUUAUCAACCAAGGACCUCCUGUGGACUGGAAUGACAUCGCUGGCCUAGAUCUAGUAAAGGCCGUCAUUAAAGAGGAGGUUUUAUGGCCAGUAUUGAGGUCAGAUGCAUUCAAUGGACUGACUGCUCUACCUCGGAGCAUCCUUUUAUUUGGACCUCGGGGAACAGGCAAAACAUUAAUGGGCAGAUGUAUAGCUAGUCAGCUAGGAGCCACAUUUUUCAAAAUCGCUGGCUCUGGCCUUGUCACAAAGUGGCUAGGGGAAGGAGAAAAAAUUGUCCACGCUUCCUUCCUCGUGGCAAGGUGUCGCCAGCCCUCGGUGAUUUUUGUUAGUGACAUUGAUAUGCUUCUUUCUUCCCAAGUGAGUGAAGAACACAGUCCAGUAAGUCGGAUGAGAACCGAGUUCCUUAUGCAGCUGGACACUGUACUGACUUCUGCUGAGGACCAAAUAGUAGUAAUUUGCGCCACAAGUAAACCAGAAGAAAUUGAUGAAUCUCUUCGAAGGUACUUCAUGAAACGACUUUUAAUCCCACUUCCUGACAGCACAGCGAGGCACCAGAUAAUAGUACAACUGCUCUCACAGCACAAUUACUGUCUCAAUGACAAGGAGGUUGCACUGCUUGUCCAGCGCACAGAAGGCUUUUCUGGACUAGAUGUGGCUCACUUGUGUCAGGAAGCAGUGGUGGGCCCACUCCACGCCAUGCCAGCCACAGACCUUUCAGCCAUUUUGCCCAGCCAGUUGAGGCCAGUUACAUAUCAAGACUUUGAAAAUGCUUUCUGCAAGAUACAGCCUAGCAUAUCUCAAAAAGAGCUUGAUACAUAUGUUGAAUGGAACAAAAUGUUUGGUUGCAGUCAGUGAUACUUCUUUUAAAAAAAAAAUGUAAUGAAUGUUGGCACACACAGAACCUGCUACAUAGGGUAGAGAACCCUUUUCAGUAGUGUUGAAAUUGCAAAGGGUACUGGGAAGACUGCGAUUUACCUUGCCUCUAAAGAGUCAGGGUAGACUUGAAGGAAAAGUGCAUCAAACAAGAGCUGCUGAUCUGAAAAAGCCACGCAUGACAGAAAGCAUAUGUUGAUGCUCAGUUCUGUUCAAGCUAGACAAUACUCACCAAGGAGCAAGGUGCAAGUGGGUUGAUUUCAGAAGGACAUGAACCCUGUGUGUUGAUUCCAUUCUGCUGUUCUUGAGAUUUAGUUGCUGUCAAGUGCCUGAAGUGGUGCUUUAUUUUUUGUUUGCCUCACAAUUACAUUGGUGGCAUGUGCUAAUAUAAAGAGCUUUAACUUCAAACAUUAUUGGACUAAAGAGAUGAACGGUUGUGUUGCGACAGAGAACCAGAUUUUUGCUAUUCUAAGAGCAACAGUAUUCCUCAAUCCUGUCUGUUCUGCGGUGUUAAACUAAGAACAGGUAAAACAGGGUAAUGGUAAUCUGGACCUUAAUUUCUGCAGUUCAUUUCUUUUAAUGUUCUGUCUGCAAAAACUCAGGAAAGUGAUUGUGAUUUGUACAGUACCUCAAAGGAAUGUGUUGAAAGCACUAUGUACUGCUGAGAGUUAUAGGCUAGGCUUCAAUGUUACUUUAUAUUAAAUAUGUAUGUUUACCUCAACAAUUGGAAAAUGGCAAGGAAAAUUACUUUGAAUGUAUCCAGGAAAAAACUAGAGUGUGAUAUGACUGAAACGUUACAGUUUUUAAAAACAGAAACAGAAAGAUUUCCCAGUGUUAAGGAACAGUUCGUUCGAACCAGAGCAAAAUGAUUCUUCUUGUUGGUAAACUGUAAGAGUUUUCAGCAUAUUGCUCCUUGAUAAUUAUGUGAUACAGUCUUUAGAAGGUGCAUAGAUGAAAAAAGAGCCACUUAAUCGGUUUAUGUUAGCAUCUGAAACAGUCAAACGUAAGAUUCGGUAGGACUCCGGGAGGCAAAUUACCUUGAGCUCCGACUGCUGGCCUUUAUCGUGCGGCUCCGGUUGUAGGUUUGAGGUUAUUUUGGUGAAGCGGCAUCAGCGCAGGUCACGGGCAGAGCUGCGGGCUGCAGAGCUGCUGAGAGCAAUGCAGCAGACUGUGACCAAACAGUACAAACAGCAAAGCAAAACUGAACCCUCAAAAUACAUUUAUUUCCCUUCCCCAACUGUAAAGUUGCAUUUUUAUUGUGUAUGUACGGCUCCAUUGUCCUUAACGCAAUCUUCAUUUAGCAUCCAUUAGAAAUCUUCCAGGCUGGAGUGUGCCCACCAUUAUUUCUACCUCAGUUUUGUUACCUUUCUCUUGGAAAGCAAAGUAAGGAGUAGGGCAAAAACCAAAACCAACGCAAAAGUCAGAUUACAUUAGGAAUGCGAACCUGCUAAACAAGUUUCAGAGAGCUGCUGUUUUUUCCCUUGAAGUCAAGCUUUUCUGUACGUGAGUGCUCUUUACCCCGCUUUUCCCUCCCCCCAAGGAAGAGGGAGCACAUGCACGCGCGGGUGUCUCCCUUCUGGACAGACUAGCUGGCAUGUGUGGCAUUCUGCUCAGUUCUCCCCCCGCCCCGGCUUUCCUUUUAUCCUUUAAUGCUUUAUGUACAACUCUUUUUGUGACAGCUGACUGAUGCUGGGUAAUGUCUCUGAGCGGGAGCAGUGGAUGUUGCAGCUGCCCAAAGCCUCUGCCAUCACAUGAGCAAAACAGCCUUGCUUUUUUGAAUGUAUUUUGUUUGUUUGUUUACUUUAAAGAGACAGUAACAAAACUGUUGCAAAGCACUGGCAUUUAAUGUUUCUGUUAAGUAAUGUACAUUCAAAACCAUUAAAUAAAUGCACUGAAAAGCCCCAAGAAGAGAGAUACCAAUCUGUUACAAGAUCAUAUUUGUCUUCUCAAAAAUUGUACAGAACUCGGCUGUUCCGUUAAAUCAGUGGAGACAUUUAGCGUUCAGAAAGCUAUUGAGGGAUUUUGUGGUAUUGCUGGAAAUUUAUGACUCUUGAUUAUAACUUUCCUUUAUCUUUCUUUUAAUAUAUAUAUAAAUAUAUAUAUAUAUAUUUAGAUAGGUCAUGCUAAAAACAGAGCAAAUAAACCAAAAUCUAAUUUAAGAUGGAUUCCUGGCAAACAUUUUGUCUAUCUAAACUUUGUUUUAAGCAUAAAAGUAUCAUUUUAAAAACAGUGCCUUUCAUUAAGGGUAUAGAAAGUAAGACUUAAGUACAUCACCUGCUUUGUGUUUUUGGUUUUUUUUUUUUCCCUCCCCCUGCCUUUCAAACAGCAACUACAGCCCACGGUCCCUGUUAGGACCCAGUCUUUCUGCUUCCCCAAACCUCCCCAGGCUGCUGCUUCACCCUAGCCAUCCCGCCAUCCUCAUCGCUGGGAAAUCUGGAUGUCCCUAUUAGCUGUAGGUUCACACUGAUCACACUGGCAAGUUUUCUAUUGCAGUUUGCUGACCCAAUUUCUGUCUUAGACAUUGCCUUUCUUGUCUGCAUUGAGCUGUGCUCAUUUGAAAGGCUCAGGCAAGUUCUGAUAAACCAACUCUUGUUUAGACCACUUCUGAGAAAACCAUACCCCUAACCAAUUUUUUUGCAGCUGGUAAAAUAAAUGCUACACACUAGUGUUUCUUUUUUUUUUUCCCCUCACUCUUUUUAUCCUGUAGCAAAACCAAAAGCAAAUGAAAUUGUAGACGGUCGCUUUGGCUUCCAGCUUUAAAUCAUUCUCUUUAAAAAGUCUCUCUGGGAAAUGGAUUUUCUCAAAUGUUAACCAAUGCAACAAGCAGGCGGAAACCAAGAUGGUGUGAAAACGCAACUUCCACACACACUUCCACGCAUUGCAGGGCCUUGGUUCACCUCUGGGGACAGCAGAAGCUGAAAACUUCACCCCUACUUUGGCAGCUGCAGAGAGAGGAAGACAGAGCUGGAUUGCUGCCUGAGUCUUUCCUUGCUAGCAACCAUCCCUGGAGGCCCUCUGACAGAGCAUCUGUGGCGAAGCUUGGGCAGGUAGCGUUCCCCGGAGAGGGCACGGCACUUCUCCAGGCGUUUCGGGCCACCUUAACUCCCUUGGUAGAACUUCUCUCAAUCUGGGGGGCUGAGCUGCCUACACCUCCUGCCUGAACCCCCUGCCCAGUCCUGUCCUGCUUACUGCUCUCCUCUCUGCCCCCAGUCAGCCUCUCUUUUCUCCCUAGCUGAGCGGGGCUCUGCGUGCUGGGCGCUGCUGGGCCGUCACUCCUCCAGCAGGCUCCCGGCCAGGAGGGUCCCAGCAGGAGGCAAGCGCCUUCCAGAAGCUGAGGUCCCCAGAGCCUGGGUGAGUCCCAAAGAUUAGGAUUGUUCUUGUGAAGGGAGAAAAAAUAUAUUCUAAUGGUGUCCUCGGGAUGAAAUGUUUGCUGGUCUUUAAGUUUCCAUGGUAGGAAGCUGUUUGCUGUUUCUUGCGAUUGGGCAAAGCCGGGGGCUGCCGCUGCAGAAACGCACCAGCGGUCAGCGGCAGGUUCCCGGGCAGUGGUGCCACCUUGGAUUUUAAGAGCCUGAAAUGGUUAAUGGUCAUCUGCUGUGUCAGCCUAUCACUGUGGAUGCUUUAUGUAGUUUUUCUUUUUUUUUAUGCGGAUACAUUAGCUCAUGUUCUUCCUUGUAGCUUUGUAACAAUUCCUACGGCAACAAAAAUAAAAUAAAUUGUAGGAAUAAUUCUACAAGCUGAAGGAUCAAUAUCAAUUCAAGGAGGAGUUCAUAAUGACCUUAUGUGAGACAGAAAUGAAAAUACUCUAUACUUCUGGCAUGUUUCUCUCCAAAAUACUUAGAACAUUAGUGACAACAUAGAAAAGUUUGCUGACUGAGCUGAUCAAUGGAAUGUGAAAGCAGUUUACUUUAAGGCUAUUUACUUUCACGCGGCAUAUUUAUCUAUUAGUCAGUUUGUAUUCUACUCAAAUGCAGAUAGAUGGGCAAAAUGUUUUCUUGAGCAUUACAAACCUACCGAGGGGAAAAUAAACCAUCUGACUAAAAUACGUAGGCCAAACACCAUCUGGGUGUCUAUACUGGCUAUUCAGAGGCUAUGCUCUGUAAAAAUGGUACAAGGUCACAUUCGGAUGGGUUUUCAUGGGAUUUUUCAUUAGGAGAUUGUCUAAUCAAGAAGAUCUAAAUUAAUUCCUCCAUCAGGAUGUUAAUACGUUGAAUGCAAAUUUUGGGAUCCAACCAGGGUUUUCAUUAUCUGCAAAUACGUACAACUUCAGGUGAACAGUUGUUCUUAUAAUCCCCCUGCAUUGUUCUCUAAGCACUCUAUCACGAGUGAGAGUACAUUACUCAAAUCUGAAGGAUACGCUUUGUCACUAAACAAGGCCACCAAAAGUUCUAGGGCCUCAUACUCUUUCACUUAGGCCAAUCUCAAGGUGGUAUAACCCUGUUGACUUAAAGGAAUUACUCCUGAUUUUUGCCCUUGUUAGAAAAGUCAUCCCUCCAAUGUAUAAUAAUCUCUGUCUGUUGGUUUUCAUCAUCGGCUCUGAAAGCUAACCUUGUCCUCGCAGCAGUAACUCCUUUCCAUCUUGUAUGUGUGCAUGUGUGUAUAUAAUAUUUAUAUGUGCAUACACACCAUGUCCAAACAAUGGCUUUGUCUCUUUACUUAAAAAAAAAAAAGUCAUUUAAUCAUCUGCAGAUUUAUAUGAAGCACAUUAGUAAACAAGGAGAUAUUAGUAUUUCAAAUUUCAAAAAA